AUGGAUACUGAACGAUUAUCCCGUAACUUAGCAGAAUCACCUGGAUUACUCACAAGUUAUGAGUAUCGGAAGCCAGUUUCGGACGUCUACAAUGUGGCACCUGGUUACCUACAGUAUGAUACACUCAACGCCACAACGAGAACCACAUUGUGGCGCAAACGAAUCUUCUCACGUAUCACAAUUCACAUAACACAACAUAUCAUACAAGCGAUGCCGCCCUCUUCCCCCCUCUCUCCAAAACAAACCCCCCCAUCCACUGUUCCACCUAAUGAGACUUCCCCCCUUAUCUCCACCCACCAUCAUCCCCAUGACCCUCCUCCUCCCCCCACCUCUCCCUCCCUCCCAACCCUCAUCCUCUACUUCAUGACCCUCCACUUCCUCAUCGCCUUCUGCGAAAUGGUCCUCGUAGCCCCCCUCAUCUCCCUCUUCGAAUCUUCCCUCUGUCACUCUUAUUACAAUUUUCCAAAGCCAAGCUUAAGAUUAAAUAAUCCGGAAAUUAUUUCAGAAAUGUGUAAAAUACCCGAGAUUCAGGGUCCGUUAGCGACGAUUAGGGGAUGGAAAAGUUUUGGAGAUACGGUGCCUGUAGCGAUUCCGAUUGGCAACUUGGGAGAUCGAUAUGGAAGGAGAAAGAUCAUGGCGCUAUCUUUAAUUGGAGUUGGAUUAUCUUUGGUGGAAAUAUUUGUUGUUUGUGCAUACCCAAAGAUCUUCGAUUUGCGUUGGGUAUGGUUGUCUUCACUGUUCCUUUUAUGUGGAGGAGGUUUAUACUCAAGUGCAGCAUUUAUGUGGGCGAUGGCUUCUUCCCUGAUACCGGAAGAUAAAAGGAGCUAUGCAUUUUACUAUAUCUUCUCGGCAUUCUAUAUUGCAGAGCUCAUUGGGUCAUAUGUAGCUUCUGUCACGAUAGACAUUUCUCCUUGGAUUGCCUGUAGUAUGGCAAUGGGAUCUGUAACCCUAGGAUUACUUUUGUUGUGGCUGGUACCAUUUAGUCAAUCGUCGUCGCCACCGGAACCAUCCUCACCUUCAAUAUCCUCACCUUCAAUAUCCUCACCUUCAUCCCCAACACGACUACAAUCAAGACAUCUUACAACUAUCCCCAAGACUAUCAUUCUCGCUACCAUCCGCCACGCCAUGAUACAACCCAACGUUCUCCUCUGCAUCCCAGUCUUCCUAGUCGGAACCCUCAGAUACACAACUCUCAAUAUCUUGAUCCAAUAUUCGUCAGUCUGUUUCAAUACCAAGAUAUCUCAAGGAGCAAUGUUCUACACUGAAACAGCUAUUAUCAAUAUCUUCCUAUUCCUUUUCCUGAUCCCGAGGAUAACUAUUUGGAUAAAAGCGAGAUAUCAUGUGAGAUCUGAGAAAAUUGAUUUGGCACUGAUGAGGAUUAGUGUAUGUUUUCUUUUGAUGGGUUCUCUUGCUAUUGGGUUAGCACCGACGAGUGGGUGGAUUCCAGUUGUCGGAUCCCGAGUCUCAACCCUUUCCCUAAUAUCCCAUUUUAUUCCCGCCUCCUCCCUCGCUACCCUCUACGCCUCGAUAGCCGUGCUCGAAAAUCUCGGUCAUGCUAUCAAUGAUCCUUCCAUGCAACACAUAUUUGCGGCAACCUUACGCCUACCAUCUUUUUGGCAUGCGUUACCUUUUUUUGUUGCUGCUAUAUGUUAUUUUCUGGCCGGUUUGUCUACAAUCUUUAUGAAGAUUGAUGUUGAUGGCAAGAAACUAGACGAUGAUGAAGGCCAGGAAGAAGAUUUGUAAAGAAAAUGUAUAUGCAAAUCAGGGCGUUCAAUAUUUCGGACUGUAGUCCAACAAUGAAGAUUA